GUUCUACUGACGGCAUUUCCUCAGUCGUUAUCGGGACUUACGUGGGGACGUAAGGACAAGAGGUUACUAGAAGUGACAACGUAAAGUCUCCUUGACGCUACUUUAGACAAAAGCGAUUCGAACGAAGUUCUUGGUGAGGUCGAGUGAAAAUCUCGAACGAACCUUUCACCCGGGAUUAGUUCCACAUCUGUACUACUCAAGCCGCCUAACAAAUCCAUACUUGAGAGCAGGUCGCAAAUUGCAUUCCGUACAACAUUACUGAGAUUUCCAGACUGUCAAAAGGAACAUUAAUAAAAGCCUGACAUCAAUAAAAGACUAGCAACAAAGGAGGUUACAUAUUCAAUCGGUCUAACUACAGAAGAAGAAGGAUGCCGACAGCACUAGCAGCUUUGUCAACGGUUGCCAAAGGCGCCUACAAGGUGUUCGACAAAUAUCCAGUCACCAGAGGCAUGGUGGCAUACGCCCUCCUGUGGCCAGCGGGGAAUCUCCUCCAGCAGUCGCUGGAUGGCUCGCGAACAAGUCUGGACCUCCUGGAAGUCCUGCGUUACGGGGCAUACGGGUCCUGCAUCACGGCGCCCCUCAUCCAUAAGUGGAUCAAGGUCCUCUCCAGCCUCAUCCCAGGCAGUAGACUUAGACAUGCGCUAGCGAAAGGUUACGUCGACCAGCUAGUCUUUGCCCCUUUCAAUAUAUCCCAGUUCUAUCUCGGUAUGGCUCUCCUGGAGGGGAAACCACUGGAGGAAAAUUUGAGCGAAUGGGAGAAAAAGAUGCUUCCAACCUGGAUGAUAAGCUUGUCCAUAUGGCCCAUCUUACAUACCCUCAACUUCGCCCUGGUGCCCGAGAGGAACAGAGUGAUGAUGAUAUCCCUCGGGUCCUUCUUGUGGAUGGUGUUCCUCUCCUACAUGCACCACACGCGUUCUGACGAACUCCCAGAGAGACUCACGACCAGGAGGAUCCACUACGAUUAUGAAUCCGGUCCCAGGGAGGCUCGAGGAUUCAGCAAUCAGCAGGGGCUUCCUUCUCCGCCCUCCAAAAGCACAAUGUGGAAAUAUGUCUUCCAGACAGCUCACUGCUACAACGAUGAGGAGGACCCCUACCCAACUAAUGAUAUCAAGAGCACCUCUUGACGAAAACGUCUCAGGCUAGAGGGAAAAUGACUUCAUCUCUUUCAGUUAUCUCAUUUUAAAUACAUUUCACCUCAUAAGUCUAUUAUCAGGGAAAUUCAACAGAGUAGCUAUACUUUAUUUUUCUAUUCCGUACACUUUCAGCCGUUGAAAAGUUAAUGCUUUGAAUUAUUUUUGAUGUGCAUAUUUCCGGGGAAAGCGACGAUAAUAAUUAGUUUUUACAUAGAUUUAUAGAAAGUCAGUGAGUACUAAUAUGGCAGUGCUCUAAAGGUUCAGUUACAUUCUGGAGAGAAAAAAGUCCUGACAAUGACUAAAGAACAAAAGGUCCAGGUUGGAAUAAUGUAUCUUGUGAUCCAUAGCUCUUUGCUACUUAUGGCAAAUUUCUUCUCUCAAGUAGCGUUUUCCUACUAUUUUGGAAAACACGUUACAGACUAUUGAUCUUUAAGCUCCAAUAAUCGUAACUUGCAUCGUCACAUUCGUUUCCAUGGGAGCCAGAGUGUACCUGAGAAACGGUAGCCCUACAUAGCGUUCUAGUCAUGUUCGUGCAGAAUUCGGAGCUGUUUUAAGCUCGUUUAACAAUGUUCAACUUAAUAUCUUAAACAUAUCUUGCAUGGUGUGUAUCGAUCUCUAUAAUAUUUAAGCGACAGACAGACAAGAAUUAUUGUUAAUUACCAUUCUUUUAAUAAGCCUAGGCCUAUCCUGGUAGGUUUUUGUUUUAAGUGAGCCUAGGCCUAUUCUGACGUGGUUUUCGGUUUUAGUACGCCUAUGAGUCUGUCCUGGCGUGUUUUCUCACGGGGCAGUAUUCUGGGCUUGUUAAUCUAUGAUCUGUGUACAAUAUACUUAAUAUGACUUGACAAUAAAAUAGCACAAAUUGCAGAUACUACUGUU